GAGCGUGAGGGCGGUGUAAGAGCAGAUUUUAGACCGGUUACGCCGAGGAGAACGCCGGGGGAUAGUGAACCUAACCAGAGCCCUCGUAGCUAUUUGAUAAAGAACAACACCGGACUGUCACGUUAACCAACCGGGACGACGGAUUGUGCCACCGACCGGAUACAACAGGAAGAACUUCAAAGGACGGAAGCGGGGACAUUUUGUGCAACUUUGGGCUGUCAGCCGUGGUGAGGCAGGUCGGGGAGAAUACUCAACGUUAAACUGAGGGGACCCCCGAGCGGCCCGGUUACACAUCAGCGACCGAAGCCGGGGGGCCGCGUAGCCGGGGGAGCGGAUCUAUAGUCACGUUUAACCGGAGAAGUAAUUACUGGGGGCCGGGUCAUCCGGACAGAGACCUCAUGAAUGGAAAUCGGAACAACAGGAGACGUUGGAGCAGCCGCUGAACCCCCAGUCCUUUUCACGUUGCCAAGGCGACCUGGCUAUGGCACCCUUGGGAAGCCCAUCAAGCUUUUGGCCAACUGCUUCCAGGUGGAAAUACCCAAGAUCGACGUCUAUCUGUACGAGGUGGACAUCAAGCCUGAUAAAUGUCCUCGCCGGGUCAAUAGGGAGGUGGUGGACUCCAUGGUUCAGCAUUUCAAGGUGACCAUCUUUGGCGACUGUCUGCCAGUUUACGAUGGGAAGAGAAGCCUCUACACCGCUAGACCCAUUCCUGUCGCCACCGGUGGGGUCGAUCUGGAUGUGACCCUGCCAGGUGACGGUGGGAAGGACCGCCCGUUUAAAGUCACCAUCAGGUUUGUGUCGUUAGUCAGCUGGCACAUGCUGCACGAGGUGUUGACGGGACGCGCCGUGGCCGAGCCGGUGGACCUGGAGAAACCCAUCAGCACCAACCCCGUUCACGCCGUGGACGUCGUCCUUCGACACCUGCCCUCCAUGAAGUACACGCCUGUUGGACGAUCCUUCUUCUCCUCCCCAGAGGGCUACGACCACCCGCUAGGUGGAGGAAGAGAGGUUUGGUUUGGAUUCCAUCAGUCAGUGCGGCCAGCUAUGUGGAAAAUGAUGCUCAACAUCGAUGUGUCAGCCACAGCGUUUUAUAAAGCCCAGCCAGUCAUCCAGUUCAUGUGUGAGGUCCUGGACAUUCACAACAUUGACGAGCAGCCCCGCCCUCUCACUGACUCCCACAGGGUCAAGUUCACCAAAGAGAUCAAAGGUCUUAAAGUGGAAGUGACACACUGUGGAACCAUGCGUAGGAAGUACCGAGUCUGCAAUGUAACACGGCGCCCUGCCAGCCUCCAGACAUUUCCGUUGCAGCUUGAGAGCGGUCAGACAGUUGAGCGUACAGUGGCGCAGUACUUCAGAGAGAAGUACAGCCUGCAGCUAAAGUACCCCCACCUGCCUUGUCUGCAGGUGGGCCAGGAACAGAAACACACCUAUCUGCCCCUGGAGGUGUGCAACAUUGUACCUGGACAGCGCUGUAUUAAAAAACUAACUGACAACCAGACAUCGACCAUGAUCAAAGCAACAGCCCGCUCUGCCCCAGACAGACAGGAGGAGAUCAGCAGGCUGGUGAGGAGUGCAAAUUACGAGGCCGACCCCUUCGUCCAGGAGUUUCAGUUCCGUGUGCGAGAUGAGAUGGCUCAGGUGACGGGCCGCGUCCUGCCGGCCCCCAUGCUGCAAUAUGGCGGCAGGGUGAGCUCUGAACCCUUUAUGUCCCAGCAGAUCAACCCUGCACUGUUGUUGCAGAACCGCACGGUGGCCACACCGAGCCACGGCGUGUGGGACAUGAGGGGGAAGCAGUUUCACACCGGAGUGGAGAUCAAGAUGUGGGCCAUCGCCUGCUUCGCCACCCAGAGGCAGUGCCGAGAAGAGAUCCUGAAGAGCUUCACUGACCAGCUGCGUAAAAUCUCAAAGGAUGCUGGGAUGCCAAUCCAAGGCCAGCCAUGUUUCUGUAAAUACGCCCAGGGAGCCGACAGCGUGGAGCCCAUGUUCAGACACCUGAAGAACACCUACGCUGGGCUGCAGCUCAUCAUCGUAAUCCUGCCGGGGAAAACGCCUGUCUAUGCUGAGGUGAAGCGGGUGGGCGACACCCUCCUUGGCAUGGCCACCCAGUGUGUGCAGGUGAAGAACGUAGUGAAGACGUCCCCUCAGACCCUCUCCAACCUGUGCCUCAAGAUCAACGUCAAGCUGGGAGGCAUCAACAACAUCUUGGUUCCACACCAACGACCCUCUGUGUUCCAGCAGCCUAUCAUCUUCCUCGGGGCUGAUGUCACUCAUCCUCCAGCAGGAGACGGGAAAAAGCCGUCUAUUGCAGCGGUGGUGGGCAGCAUGGACGCCCACCCCAGCAGGUACUGCGCUACGGUGCGGGUCCAGAGGCCCAGACAGGAGGUCAUCCAGGACCUGGCCUCCAUGGUGCGAGAGCUCUUGAUCCAGUUCUACAAAUCGACCCGCUACAAGCCAACCAGGAUCAUCUUCUACAGGGACGGAGUGUCAGAGGGACAGUUCAGACAGGUGCUGUACUAUGAGCUGCUGGCCAUCAGGGAGGCCUGCAUCGGUCUAGAGAAGGACUACCAGCCGGGGAUUACGUACAUUGUUGUACAGAAACGCCAUCACACGCGCCUCUUCUGUGCAGAUCGCAACGAGCGGGUUGGACGAAGUGGAAACAUUCCUGCCGGCACCACAGUGGACACAGACAUCACCCACCCCUACGAGUUUGACUUUUACCUCUGCAGCCAUGCUGGAAUCCAGGGUACGAGCCGGCCCUCCCACUACCACGUUCUGUGGGACGACAACUGUUUCACCGGCGACGAGUUCCAGCUGCUCACCUACCAGCUGUGCCACACCUACGUCCGCUGCACGCGCUCCGUCUCCAUCCCUGCACCGGCCUACUACGCCCACCUGGUGGCCUUCCGUGCCCGCUACCACCUGGUUGACAAAGAGCACGACAGUGCGGAGGGCAGCCACGUCUCCGGGCAGAGUAACGGCAGGGACCCCACGGCGCUGGCCAAAGCUGUUCAGAUCCACCACGACACACUGACCACCAUGUAUUUUGCCUGAACGCCUCGACCUCCCUCCAUCUUUCUCAGCCAGUCUUAGUGGCUGACUCCCAUCAGCCGCAUCGAGUCAAAGUGCCCCCCCCCCCCCCCCCCCCCCCCCCCCCCCUCUUGUGCUGGUGCAGCUUUGAUCACUGACAACGGCUGCGACUGCAGGAUGUAGUAAGGAUGUAGUAGUAAGCCAGAGAGGAGUUACAGCCACAUUAUGCAAUUUGAAACCAGCCAAUUGUUUGCAUCUCUUGCAUCUGUCUGUCACCUUCACCUCCUCUGCUGUGUUUCAAUCACAAUGGAUUCUGUUUUGUUCUUAAAGUCACAUCCUCGCCUUCCAAUUUGGACAGCAGCUCAAAGUUUUUCCCACCCCCCUUGUGUUAAAAUAAUGGCGAGUACAAAAGCUGAUGAUUUUUUUGGUACAUGGGUGGAAAACGGAGCCAGUGAAGACCCGACUCGCUCCGUAGCCUCCCGUUGAGCCUGUUGUUGCUGAUUCUCAUUGUAGAUGCUUUUACAUGUUUAGUUUGUGCCUUGUCAGCUUGUUUAGAUACAUAAUAAUGUAUUCAUGUGUUAUUUCCCUCUCUCUCGAGCAAAUGUGCAGCUGCCACAGCAACAGAAUGCUCGAAAAAGAAACUAAAGCUUGACCCUUUUUUUUUUUUUUUUUUUUUUUUUUUUUUUUUUUUUUCUUAAAACGACGGUUACUCUUCUGUCUCCCUUUAAGCCAGUGGUUCCUCUCAGUCAUUCAGCCAGACAGUAAGACGCAUAGCACUGAAUGAAAUCUUAAUUAUUAUUAUUAUAUAUAUUUUUAAACGAAGCCACGUACAGCCAUCGAUGAAGCAUUGUACAUCGCAUGAUGCCUUCCUGCGAGGCGAGCUGCAUGCAGACUGUUGGAAUACAACGCCAUGGCCUUCCCUCUCUCGUAGUUCAGCCUGUGUUGUACCAAAGCUUGUGCUGUUUUAAUCCUCUCGCUAGUUUUGAAUCCUCUUUCUUUCUGACUUAAACCAACGUUCAGCAAUAGAUCCGAGCAGAGCCGUUUAUAUCCUCUCACAGGUUUUACUCAAGGAACCGACCAGAUUUUAGUUGUCAACGAAAACUCCUUUUGGUGCAAUAAGGUGUCAGCGCAGAGAGUCGGUCCAGUGGUGGAUGUUUUUCAGUGAGUAUUCGCGCAGUAAAACUUUGUUUUGUUACGAGUGAGUUUUUGGCAAGUGACGAUAAACUUGAGAUUCGGAGACGUGUGUGUGAGCGGCAUUCGACGUUCUGGUGGACGAGCGCUGCAGACGUGAGGGUCAGCGGUGAGGUCCGAUGGUGCACGGAGAGAUUAAACAAAGUGCCUGACUUGUGUAGAGCGUCAACUGUUGGUUUGGAUGGAAAGCUUGUAAUCGUACGUAGGUCUGGGUGCUUCUGUUCAUACAUUUAGUGAAAUGCUCUCAGAAUCCCCCCCCCCCCCCCACACACAACAUAUUGCAAUCCAAUACUUCUGUCCUGCCAUGAGUUUGACUUUUCUGGUGCCUGUGUUUAGUUUCUGUUGACAAGUAAUUUAAUUUACAUAUUUCCGACAAAGCCAACAAAAACUAACCUUCAUAAAGUUUUGUAGAGGUUCUUGCAGGACCGUUGUGUUGCAUUAGAUUGUACUGGUGUACCUGUGGCCACUGAGGGUAGUUGUUGGUGUACUGAAGCAGUAGGACUCACUGCCGGUUGAAGACUUCAUGUUCACAUUUCAGAGUCUUUAUCACCUACUGUAGCUUUGCUGCGCUUGUCCUCGGAGGAAGUCUGGGUUUCAGUUCUUUUAACAGUUCUGAGUAGGGCUGCAACUAAUAAUUAUUUUCACCAUCGACUAAUUGUUUUGUCUAAACGUAUCACAAAUGUCUGUUCUAACUUCCCUCAGCCCAUGGAGAUGUAUCGGAUAUCUUGUUUUGUCCCCCCAACAGUCUAAAAACUCAGAGAUACACACUUUACUGUCACAUAUGACAGAAAAACAUCAAAUUUCUCACAAUUUCUGGCUUUUAUUGCUUGAAAACUGAAUUAAUGAUCUAAAUGGUUUCAAUUAUUUUUCUUUCCACGGAUUUAUUAACAAAUCACUGCAGCUCUAGUUCUGAGAGAAAACAGUCUUUAUGCAGUAAGGAACUGAUUUCCUGCUACAUUUGGACACACUGGUUGCUAAUCGAUCCCAAAUAAUAUCACAUGAAAGGACCUCUUCUAGCAGGAAUCCAACAUUAUGAAGUUUAUCUAUAUUUCUUAGGCCUUUAAUCGGUCAUUGUUGCAAGAACGUCUUCGGUUUUUCAAUGCCCAGCCGUUGAAUGUGCUCAGUCAUGGCCUUGCAGUAUAGUUUAAUACAGACGAAGCCUUGAGGUUUCAUCACUUGGACCAAACCAACGUGCCUGGUCGGGUGGGGGUGGGGAAGGGGUGAGGGUGGAGGACUUGGGGGCGGGGCCUUACAGCAUCGAGCUGAUCCGCUCUGUACUGCUUACUGUGCAUGUCACCAGAACCAAACCUAAGCUGCUAUGAGAAAAACACAUUUAUUUAAUAUUUCAUCAGAUACAUAUAGGCUAUAUAUUAAUACACAGAGAUUAAGAGAAUAAUGGUAUUUUACUGCACUAAGAGUUGUUUUUAUGGUUGGACAGAGACGGGAUUGUUGUUCAAAGUCGCCCACGAUUCACAACAUUUUAAUUCUGAGGAUGUAUCUGAGCAGCUUGUCUCCCUUUGUUUGUCAUGCUGGAGCUGUUUCCUAAUGUCAGACAUUACCAGCAUUUCAGUUACUUGAAGAGAAUUAGUCGUGGGCAUGUCUAACAUUGUUGGCUAACGCUCUGCUUGUUUUUUUGGAAGCCUUAGUACCUUUUUUACGGCGUACAGUAAAUUCACCUCCGACAGAGCUGGACAUCAGACGCCUUCGUCCUCAAGAAAUACAAAGCAUUUUUAAGUCUGAAUUGAGAUAUAUUUAUAUGUAGAGGUAUUAAUGUAAUGCACACACCACUUAUUUUUUUUUUUUUUUUAACAAAGUCCUGUUUGAAACGGAAGCCGUAUGGAAGUAUGGCCGUGUAAUAACCGUGGUGGUCUGUGAUUUGAUAAUGCAAUAGGUUUACUUGUGUGGAAAGCAAAGCUGAUAUGUAUUUGCGGCGUCGGCCUGCUUUGUGGAGAGACCGCUGGGGGGGGGGGGGGUCGUUUUUGUGUCGCGCAAGUGAUGGGAUGAACCAUCAACCCUCCUCCGUGUGAAGAACUCCCUCUGCUGUUGUUUUAUCAUCUCAAAAGCUCAUCAAAGAAGUGGACUCUGAACUAGAUCCAUUUCUCAAUGCACUUGCUAAGCAAUGCCUUUUUUUAAAAAAAAAAAAAUAAAAAAUUUUAUUAGUUUUUUUUUUUUUUAAAUUCUUCUUGCAUAUUCAUGAGGGGAGCAGGAGGAGGGUUGAAAGUUCAUCCUCAGACCGAUUGUAUCCGUAAACAGACUGUGCCUUUCCUGAUGGUGCUGAAACAAUAACAAACUAAGUAAAUCAAAGAAAUCUUAACUUUCAGAAAGGGCCCGCAGGCCCGAGUCUACAUUGACGAGUAUAUAUUGAUACAUGACAAUACUGUAAGGUGUGAUUGUGUGCGUAUAUGUAUUUGUUUUACGUGUGUGUGUGUGUGUGUGUGUGUGUGUGUGUGUGUGUGUGUGUGUG